AUGCAAGAUGUCAACAAAACUACAGUGACAAAAUUUGUACUUUUGGGCUUUUCCAAUUUUCACAAAUUUCAGAACUUUCUCUUCUGUGCUGUUCUUCUGGCAUACACUAUUUGUGUUCUUGGAAACAUCACUAUCUUUCUGCUAGUUAGAAGUGAGUCUUCUCUUCAUACUCCAAUGUACUUCUUCAUCAGUACAUUCACAGUUUUGGAAAUAAUGUUUGUUUCUGUAACAGUCCCAAAACUGUUGGCACUUCUCAUUCAGACUAAGAAGACCAUCUCGUUUUUGGGUUGCUUCACACAGUUGUAUGCCUUACAUGCCCUGGGAGAGACAGAAUGCGUCCUUCUUUCUUUGAUGGUCUUUGAUCGAUACCUAGCUAUUAACAAUCCGUUACAUUAUUCUGCUAUAAUGAACACUCGAUUCUGUCAUGGGUUGGCUUUAAUGCCAUGGAUAUUUGGUUUUACUUUAUCUUUAUUUCCUACUGUUGAAACUUUUCUUUUAGACUUCUGUGGACCAAACGAAAUUGACCACUUCUUCUGCGACCUGGCACCACUGCAAAAUUUAUCAUGCUCAGACCCAUUUGUCACUAAUAUGAUUACAAUUGUGGUAGCUAUUAUUUUAAUAGCUUUGCCCUUUUUUGCUAUAGUGGGGUUCUAUAGUCAUAUUAUAUAUACUGUGAUGAAGAUUAAAAACAAAGAAGGUAAAAUGAAGGCCUUCUCCACUUGCUCAUCCCAUCUCAUUGUAGUGUCUCUUUUUUUUGUCUCCGCUAUUAUUGUAUAUGCAAAGCCUGAAGCCAGUCACUAUGACAAGUUCCUUGCCCUCAUGUACACUGUGGUUACACCGCUUCUAAACCCAUUUAUUUAUACCUUUAGAAAUAGAGACGUAAAGAAUGCUUUUAGAAAAGUCACAAGACAGGUUAUCAUGUGA